GAACAAGAAAUUGUUUAUUUUAUGGAUCCCAUGAAGAGGCGGUUACCCACCGGAGAAUGGGUUUCCAUUGUUGAUAGUGCAAUAUCUAUGUAUAAUGCACACAAGGGUAGGAAAGGCCGAAGUUCACCUAUAUGGAAAAAUUUGUCGGGUAUUCCUCCUCAACCGAACAACAAGGAGUGCGGCUACUUUGUCAUGCGAUACAUGAGAGACAUCAUUGAGGAUAAAGACUUUUCAUUUGUUAACAAGUGGGAGAGAAGAAGCAGCCUUGUUUAUACCCAAGUGGAUAUUGAUGAGAUAAGGAAUGAGUGGGCUAGGUUUGUGGUUAAUAGAUACGUGUAGGAGCCAUCACUAGCUGAUGUUUUUGUAAAGCAUGAUGAAAUUUUGCUUGUGCUGAUAGAUAUAAGAUGAAACAAUUAUCAGCAUUUGAUUCAUUCAUGCAUCGGUCUACUAGACUAGGAAUGCUUUUUUUGUUUGUCUAGUAGUUUAAUUAUCUAGUUAGAUGUUUGGUUGUACUUGA